UCGGGGUCACCGGAGUCACCGGGGAGAGGGGAGAGGAAUGCACACGCCUGCGGAAGCGGAAGCCGGCCAGCCCGCCCUCCGCGGCCGUGCUCCCGCGCCUCCCCGCCACGUAGACCGGGCUGAGUCCUCCUUGGUUCGCUGGUGUCCCCAGAUGCUGAGAGCGGAAGCCGUUACCACGUGCCUUUCUCCCGCCGUGCGCGACCUGGUCUGUGAAGUGGGGUCUGAAGUCGGAGGAAAUUGCGAUGUCGACACCAUCGUCACGCCCAAGGGCGAGGUGCUCUGGGAAGCGGUGACGGGCUGCGUGAGCUGCGCGGAGCCAGGGCAAGAUCUUGAUUACCGGGGAAGUGUGCGGCGGCUGGGCCCUGUGUGUGAGGCUGUCCAUCUACAUUUCUUAACCCUGACCAAAGAGCAGUUUGAAAUUCAAUAUGUACCAUGGUUCCAGUGGACACAUUUUCCAGAGUUGUUUCCUGAAAUAUUUGAUGCCUUGGGAAGCCUGCCCUCUCCCACUGUGUGUCUCGGUGUAAUGAAGUUAGCCUCAUGUCUCGAGCGAGCCUUGGGAGACGUAUUUUUGCUGAUUGGGAAGAAGUGUCCAUUUCUCUUAAGAGAUCUCUUGGCAUCUGAGGAACUUGCUCAAGUCUUUGGGCAUUCUGUGAUGGAUGUACUGAAAGUCUUCAUUGGUUCUCCCCAUGGACUCAACCUGAGAAAUAUCUUAUGGCAUGGGUUUGCCUCACCUCAAGAAAUCCCUCCCAAAUACUGUUCAAUGCUACUCCUGCUGAUGGCAGGACUGGGUCAGCUACUGAAAGAUUUCCUUCAACAGACUGAAGUCACAUUAACACAUCGACCCUUUGUAACCCUUACAAAUUUAGAGGAUUUGAUUGUUUUUCCCGGUGUUACUUGUGAGAUACUUUCAGUAUUAGAAGAAGUGAUGACAAAAUCUACCUUUAUAUUAAAAAUCAUGUUACCAUAUUGGGAAGUGGCACUGGCCAAGUUCAGAUCACACAGGUUUGCCGAUUGCGCCAUACUGUUGUUAACACAGCUAGAAAUGGGACUUAGGAGAGUUUUUGCUGCAGUUAACCAGUGUCCAGACAGACUCCUGACUGCAGAGUCAAGAACUCUGUAUACCACCUUUGAUGAAAUAUUGGCAAAGCAUUUGAGGGAUGGUAGAGUGAACCAACUUCCUCUUUUCCUUGGAGAACCUGCUAUGGAAUUUCUCUGGGAUUUCCUGAACCAUCAGGAGGGCCCCCGUUUACGAGAUCGUUUAAGCCAUGGAGAGAUAAACAUACGUGAAUUUCCAGAAGCAGCAGCAAGUCAGCUCCUUGCAUUUUCUCUUGUGCUUUCCCUCAGAUUCACUGAUGAAGAUGUGCUGUCAAUGGUUAAGGAGGAAGCAGUGGUAAGAUCAUUGAUGCAACUCGCAGAGGGCUAUAGUUCCCGCUGCCAUCCCAUUUUUCAGCUUAAAAAGCAGGUGCUGAGCUGUGAGAAAAGCAUCAGGGUUUGGCCUUUGCUGUCUUUACCAGAAGAACUUGGUCUGGAAGCCACCAGAUUGGAAAGUGACACUGAAACGUGUGCCUGCUACUCUUUAAUUACAAAGAUUGUAUGUGAGCUCUGUCACCACAUGCCUGCACAUCUCUGUGCUGUCAGGGACACAGAUGGUCCUCCCACCUCAACGUGGCCCCAGGUGCUCCGUGGACUCUGCUGCAUACGCAUUCCCACGCUGUUCUGCCCCAGAGUCGUCCUGGAAGUGCUGGCAGUGCUCCGCAGCAUCAGUUCCCAGUGCCAGCGCCUGUCUAGUCAGGUGGAGGCCUCCUUGCAGCUGAGGCACAGGCAGUGGGUGGAGCGGAGCCUGCGCUCAAGGCAGCGGCAGAACUACCUGCACAUGCUCAACAGUACUAGGCUUCUGUCUCCUGUGCUGUACCUGAUUUUGUUGUUCCUUCUGUUGGAAUUGGUCAGCAUUCAUGUCGUCUGUGGUAAAGAUGCUCGUGAAUAUCAGAAAUACCUAAAGUUUUUAAAGUCAGUCUUGCAGUAUGCUGAGAACCUUGUGGUCUACACCAGCCAAGAGAAGAACAAAUGGAAUGAAACUGUCAUUCUUACACAUGCAGCUUUGUUGAAAAUUUGGACUUUUUGUGAGACAAAACAAAUGUUAAUACAUUUAGCCAGGAGAGAGUCCCAAGUGCAGCAGCCGUGUGAAAAGACUUGUAAGUCAGCUAUGGCCAAAAAAACCUAAGCUGAAAUAGUUGUGAACAACAAGUAUGUUAACAUUGAACAGUGGGAGUGGAUCUGAUUGA